AUGGGCUGUGCUCUCGGGAAAGAGGACAGAACGAGGAGAACAGGGCAUACCAAGGUCGACAAGUGGCCUUGGUCUUGCCGGAAGUCUCGGAGGAAGGAAGUCAAGAUCCUCAUGCUAGGUGCUGGCGACUCGGGGAAAUCCACCGUGCUGAAGCAACUGAAACUCAUCAACGGAGGAGGCUAUUCCGGUGAGGACCGCUGGUAUUUCAAGGGCGUCAUCUUCGCAAACAUGGUGCGGUCGAUGCAAGCCAUCUUGGAGGCCAUGGACGUCUUUGAGAUCCCAUUCGCAAACCCCACGGUGGAUCGGCACGCGACAACAAUAUUUGCACAAACACAGAGAACCGCUCCAGCAGAGCUAUCCCCAGAGGUAUACCUCGCGAUCAGGGUCCUUUGGGCUGACGGGGGCGUGCAAGAGUGCUUCUCUCGAUGCAGCGAGUUUCAAGUCUGCGACUCUGCUCAGUACUACUUCGACGCGAUCGACCGCAUCGCCUCCCCUAACUUCCUGCCCAACGACCAAGACAUCCUGCGGAGUCGGCACAAGACUACAGGCGUGGCCGAGUUCUCCUUCACAUCCUCCAAAUCCCCCAAGGACACUGGCACGCUCUACCGCGUCAUCGACGUCGGCGGCCAGCGCUCCGAACGCAAGAAAUGGAUGCACUUCUUCGAAGGCGUCGACCUGGUUCUGUUCCUCGUGGCGUUGUCCGAGUACGACCAGACCCUGUACGAGGACGGCAGUGUCAACCGGCUCCAAGAGGCUGUGGAUUUGUUUCGGAGUGUCUGCUACGAAUCGCCCUGGUUUCGUGGGAAUACUGCGGUGAAAGUGGUCUUUAACAAGACUGAUCUUUUUAGGGACAAGUUGCGAAGGUCACCACUAGAGGUGUAUUUCCCGGAUUAUCAAGGCGGCUCCGACUACGCCGCUGCCUGCCGAUACAUCUCGGACAAAUUCACCAUGUGGCCACCUGCAGGCCACUUGCAGACCCGCCGGCCAGACUCGUUCAUCUGCGCGACCGAUACGGCUCAAGUCAGGAUGUUGAUGGACAGCGUCGUCGGCACGUUGUGA